UUGACAGAGCUUGUGCAGUGCAACAGCAUCUCCGCGUUUUACACCAUAAGCCGGACUGUUUUGAAAUAAUUUGACGGGGUCAAAUUGUACUUUCACCAUGGGCAAAGUUGAAGGCGGGAUGAAAUGUGUGAAAUAUCUCCUCUUCGUGUUCAACUUUAUAUUCUGGUUGAUGGGCUCGCUGGUUCUGGCUGUGGGCCUCUGGCUCAGACUUGAUCCAAAUACUGUGUCUCUUCUAGGAGAAGGCGGACCUGAUACCUUCUUUAUCGGGGUCUAUAUCCUCAUCGCGGCCGGGGGUCUGGUGAUGCUGGUGGGCUUCUUCGGCUGCUGUGGUGCCGUGAGGGAGUCUCAGUGUCUUCUGGGAUUGUUUUUCGCCUGUCUUCUGGUCAUCUUUGGAGCAGAAGUUGCUGCAGGAGUGUUUGGGUUCCUCAGCAGAGAUGAGAUCAUUAAGGAAAUAAAACAAUUCUAUGACGAAUCAGCAGGAAACAACGGCAAUAAUGCAACCGUCCAGUCCUACCAUAUCAUUUUGAACUGCUGUGGCUCACCUUCAACUCAAAGCAGUUUGUGUCAAGACGUCGUAUCAAACCAGACAUGUCAUGAGGCCAUUGAAGAGUUUUUCAGCAGUAAGCUCUUCAUCGUGGGUUAUGUGGGGAUUGGAAUCGCGGGAGUCAUGAUUUUCAACGAGGUCUCACACUGUUGA